AUGAGCUGCUGGGUCUCAAUUGCUGACUUAGAAAUUAAAACUGAUAAACUCCCAAAGAAGCCAUCACUGUGUCCCAAACAUCAGCAAUAUGAUAAAAUGACAUUCUGUAAAUCACAGACAGAUGAGUCAGCUGUUCCUUCGACUUCAUUCGUAUAUACAUCAGACUUUCCUCUAGCUCAUCCGCACUCCUCCCCACAGUCUUUCAUUCUUAAUGAAAUUCCUGGACUGGAAGCAUUGCACACAUGGAUCUCCCUUCCACUCUGUACAAUGUACAUCAUCUCCCUGGUGGGCAACUUUGGCCUUGUGUACCUCAUCUAUUAUGAGGAAUCAUUACAUCGCCCAAUGUAUUUCUUUCUGGCUAUGCUUUCCCUUGCUGAUCUGUUUACCUGUACAACCACUCUUCCCAAUACCCUCUUCAUCUUUUGAUUCAAACUCAAGGAAAUUAGCUUCACUGCUUGCCUAGUUCAGAUGAUCUUUGUACAUGGGUUCACGGGAGUGGAGUCUGGGGUGCUCAUGCUCAUGGCCCUGGACUGCUAUGUGGCCAUUUGCUACCCACUACGUUAUGCUACCAUAAUUACCAACUCUGUCAUUGCCAAAGUUGGGCUUGCCACCUUCUUGAGAGGUGUGUUGCUGAUGAUUCCUUUUCCAUUCUUGGUUAAACGUUUGCCCUUCUGCCAAGUCAAUGUCAUCUCCCACCAUACAUAUUGUGACCACAUGUCUGUGGUAAAGUUAUCCUGUGCUAGCAUCAAAAUCAAUGUCAUUUAUGGUCUCAUGGUUGCACUCCUGAUUGGUGUGUUUGACAUUUGCUGUGUCUCUGUGUCCUACAUUAUGAUCCACCGGGCAGUGGUCAGCCUGUCCUCAGCAGAUGCUCGGCAGAUGGCCUUCAGCACCUGCACUGCCCACAUAUCUGCCAUUAUCAUCACUUAUGUUCCAGCCUUCUUUACUUUCUUUACUCAUCGUUUUGGGGUUCACACUAUCCCUCCUUCUCUUCACAUCAUUGUAGCUAAUCUUUAUCUUCUUCCUCCAACUCUAAAUCCCAUUGUUUAUGGAAUGAAGACCAAACAAAUCAGAGACAGCAUCAUUAAAUUCUUUCACGGUGAAAAACGUUCAAGGUGA